ACCCUUUGGUGGAAUAAACAGAUGGAAACAUCAUCUAGGGAUGUGCGGAUGGCGAUGGAUCCUAUCCAGUUAACAUUGAACGAACCUGUGAAUCCGGAAAUACAAUACUCGACCAUCAAUAGCACAAUUCCACUGUUGUCAGCGCCACCCUUAACAACGGGUGAUAUUUUAAAUCAAGACUCUGUAAUCCAUCAGCUCCAACAACAACAAAGAGUAAGAAAUGGAAAUGAGACACAGCAACAAACAGAUUCACAAUAUGACAUGAUGAUGAUAGAAGAUAAUUCACAUGAAGUCCCCGAACAGAUUGCAAAUGGAAACGAAUUGUUCGGCGGAAUGGGCACUCAAACGUUCCCCUUAUAUACAAUUUCCGAAUCCAAUCAAGAAAUCAAUUUGACAGAUGGAAAACAGAUGAGAGUUCAGAGUACCGUGAAAUCGAAACGUCCAUGUCAUGGAUACAACCAAUAUACUCAACACAUGUUUGAGAAACUCAAAGAUCAAGAGGGGUUCCAAACUCCUCACGACAAAAUGCGCUUAAUUGGUUCGAAAUGGAAAGAAUUAUCCGAAGAAGAACGUCGUCCGUUCCAAGAACGGUACGAUCGUGAUCGCGAACGUUAUUUGGAACAAGAGAAACAGAGAAUGGAAUCGCGUCGAUUAAUCGGAAUUCCCGAAAUCCGUAAAAAGCGAGACAAACAAUCCUUGUUAUUCAAAUCGUUCGUUCAGCAAUCCGUAUCGAAAUUCGCGACAGCGCUUUUAGUUUGUAAUGACAAUGAUGUUCAGGCAGCUCUUCAAUUGAUGCUGUCUCUCCAAUCCCAUCUAAAAGAAACGUAUUCUCCACAAUUCUCUAUGUCUGUUUUCUCUUCGGGGAAAUCCUUCGAACCGACUCUUGCUCCUCCCGAAUACUCGCUCCCACUUCAUUCGUUUGUGUCUGUGAAUGAUGGCGAUCGCGUUGAACAGCCGGAUCGCUCGUCAAAUCCCAAUCAUUCAGACCGAUUGGAUCGGUUGGACCGGUUGGACCGAUUGGACCGAUCGGUGGUUUCAGAAGGAGGGAAUGAGGGCGAGGGAUCGAAUGGAGUGAGGAAUGCGGAUUGUGGGAAAGAGAACGUAUGUGAGCAAGAGUUGAACAAAGAACGAUUACUGAACGGCGAUAAAAAGGUGUUUGAAUGUACCGAGCCUGGCUGUGAUUUGAAGUUCCAAACGUCUUCUGGACUUUACAAGCAUCGCAAAAAGCAUCAGGGCGGUGGCGAGACGUUUAUCUGUCCUGAAGAAGGUUGUGGAUUACGCUAUCAAACGAAAUAUGGACUUGAAUUACACCACAAAAAGGUUCAUGAAGGGAAGAAACCGUUCGUUUGUAAUCAGUAG